AUGUCGGUGCCUCGCAGGUCGUCUAUGUUCCGCAAGCAUACUUUGCAUGAACACACGGCAAAAAUAUUGGCGCUUGUGCCUAUACAGCAUGCUCCCUCAGAUACCAGUGAUAGGUCCGACAUGGUCAAUGAAUUGGUAGAUCUGCAUACUCCAAGUUUAGCUUUAUCAUCAUCACCAUCUCUAGAUUCAUCUUUAGAGCAAAUGCAUAUUUUAAGCAGUCCUGAACCUGAUGCUGAAGAUCAUGACACUGGAGACGAUCCGCCUGAAUUUGAUUUUAGAGAAACAUCAUUGCAAUUGACUUCAGUUCUACGUUAA